AUGAACACGGCGCACUGCAUUUUCUUCGCCGAUCGAGUUGCUCCCGACAUCCCCAUCUUCAAGCACCUGCUGGUGGUUUUGCUGGGCCUAUCUUCUAGGACUUCUCACUGCCGUCGUGCUCUUUCUUUGGCUCAUUUCGGAGUCAUGACAGAUAUGGAUGUGCCCCUGAUUGCACCAGACCAAGAUCGCAUCCAUCCACCGGGCCCUUUACAAUUCACCAUUGUCUUCAGCUUGGACCAGUCCAUCGAUGACAGAGAAGCCCGUGUGGAGGACACCUUCGAACACUUGGGUCUGCGACGUAAACAGUUAGUGGACAUCCUCUAUGCAGUGAAAGUCCCGUUGUCCCAGCUCCUUUGCCCUCCGAUCGCUCAUCUCCACCGCUCGUUGAUUGACUACAACGAGGAGAUCGAUCCUGAGGGCCGAUACUUUUUCGUCAUUUUCUCCCGCCGAGUUUUUGACCUCAUCCAGGAUUCCACUGCAGGCAGCGACAUGACGAUUGAUUUAGUUCAGGAUGGAUCAGACCCUGAACUCACUCGUCACGUCCCCUUGACCAUCGAGAUGUACCCAGCCACGGACCUCGUGGACAUCUUCGGCCGCCUCUUCGAUCAAGUUCAAAGACAAGAAGAGCGGCUGGGCCGAUUACAAGAGGAGCAUGCACGCCUCCGCAAUCGCAUUGGCUUGGUGACGGAGUACCUCGCCACCCAAGACGAGCAUGCCGCUCGUGAGAGGUGUGCGGGGAGCCUUUUUCCUGACGGCGCCAACCUCAGCUCGAGUGAGCUGAUUACAUUUGGUGACCGUGAUGACGGAUCCGUUGACUCAGAAGCAGUCAUGCUCCCUCUUCCUGAGGGCUUGGACGCAGAUGGUGGAACUGGUUUUGAGAGAGAUUCAUCCGUCAGUCCUUCCGUAGUGAACACGCCGGAUGCACUUGAUGAUCACUAUCAAGCACCUCCCUUUGAGCAGCCGUCAUCCAGCCGCGUAGGCUGCACGUUGGAGUUGUCGGCCAAGGCAUGGGACCUGGCCGACGCCUACAAGCAAGAAGCUGCCGUGCUGCUUCUGUUGAUCCAAGGCUUGAAGGUACAAGACAUUGACCUAAUCUCCAUCUUCGAUGCCGUCUUUGUCGUCCAAAGUCACAUCAACAAGCUGGACAUGUUAGAAGAGCUCAUCACCGAAGUCAGCGACUACGUGGAAGACCAAGCAUUGCCACAACCGACUAUGCAUGCCGACGCCUGCGACAACACAUCGACCAGAACGGCCGAAUGUAAGGCAAUUCUUUUGGCCUACCCUAAGCCAGUGCGCGGCCUGACACCAAGCAUGAUCCCCGGCGACAAAAAGGAAGCUGCCGUGCUGCUUCUGUUGAUCCAAGGCUUGAAG